UUCCCAUCUCCACCGAUGGCGCAUCGCUGCCUCGUCCGCCGCCUCCCCCUCCUCUUCCGAGCGCCCGGCGGCGGCGCCGCCGCGCCCUCCGCCCUCGUGGGUCCUCCGUCGCGGCCUCAUUCCACCCGCGGCGCCUCGCCCGCCGAGGGGGAGCGCGGCGGCGCUGGCCGCGGCGGAGACGGAGUCAGGGGCAAUUGGCUCACCUUGCCCCCGUUUGAUCGUGCCGUCGUCGACGGGGCUGCUCUAGGAAGAGAGCUCUCCCGCCGCGGAAGCGCGGAACCCGGUGAAGCGGCGGCGGCGGCGAUGACGGCGCUGAAAUGGGUCCUUCGGUGCUGUCCGGAGUUGCCGCGGAGUCUUGUGCAGAAGCUGUUUCGCUUGAGACAGGUCCGAAGAGAGUUCUCAGAGGGUAGUCUCUCUGACGUUAGCACUCAAACAGCGGAUUGUCGUCUUAAAAGGGUGGCGGCUAAAGACUCGAUAAACUUGGGAGAUCGAAUCUAUCUUCCAAUCACUGUUAAAAAGUUGCCUUCAAAGAAGCAAGAGUGCCGUUGCAAUUUAGAAGAAGUGAAUUUUGUUCGUGGCCUUGUGUUGCAUAAGGACGACGCCAUUAUUGCUGUGAAUAAACCCCCUGGAAUGCCUGUUCAAGGUGGUGUAGGCAUCAGUAGAAGCUUGGAUGAGGUGGCCAUCACUUGUUUGAAGUAUGAUCACCAAGAAAACCCUCGGCUGGUGCACAGACUUGACAAAGAUUGCAGUGGCAUCUUGGUGAUGGGCAGGACACAAACAAGUGCAACAUUUUUGCACUCCCUAUUCCGUGAGAAAACUGUUGGAGCAUUAAACAAUGAUUCUGAUAGCAGAAAGAGAUUAUUGCAACGGAAGUAUUGGGCACUUGUCAUUGGAUCACCUAGGCGAUCAAAGGGAGUGAUUUCUGCACCACUGGGAAAGGUGCUGAUGGACAAUGGAAAAUCAGAUCGUAUUACCAUUGUCAAUAACAGUCAGACGAUCCCAUCUCACCAUGCACUAACGGAGUAUCAAGUAAUUGAGUCUCGUCAUGGCUAUACAUGGCUAGAGCUGUCACCGCUCACUGGAAGAAAGCAUCAGCUUCGAGUGCAUUGUGCUGAGGUACUGGGAACUCCAAUAGUUGGGGACUACAAGUAUGGCUGGCAAGCUCAUAGAAACUUCAAAAAUUGGCAAAUAUCAAAUUCUGAAGAAAGUUUUAGCAGGAAACUUAAGGGGAGGGCUCUUCCCUUUGGCCUUGAUCUGGAUAACGGAAGCAUUUCUGAUGAGCGACCUCGCCUGCAUCUACACAGUAACCAAGUUCUAUUGCCUAAUAUUGCUCUGGCUUUGCAAAACACGCAGCUAUCUUCAGGAUAUGGUUUGUCAGAACUGGAAACUCUUGAAUUGGUUGCUCCGCUGCCUCCAUACAUGCAAAAAAGCUUAGAUUUUUUGAAAUGACAAUCUCAUUGGAAAUAGUCGAACAUUCCAAUGGAUCAAGCUUGUUAAUGAUGAUGCCGUAUUCUGCAUCGGAUUGGUUAAACAUUAAUAUCAGACCAGUGGCAUUCUCUGGGGUCUAGAAAGAGUACACUAAAGAACCAUGUGAAGAGGAUGUGUGUUUUUCCUCAGUUAAAAUGAUGGUUUGAGCAUGGAAGAGCUCGAAGCAGUCAACUGAGUUUUGUUAAGAGGCAGAUUGUUGACAAUGUUGUCUGUCUCUAGGAUAAAUGAAUGUCGCCUCGGCAGAUGGAGUUUGUCAAAUAGGAUGGUACUCCUCAAGCAAAUGAAGCAGUUAGACAACUAAUCUUUAGCUGCAUAUUAGCACUGGGAGAAAGCAAUUCGGCGAGUCCAUUGAAUUGUGAAAGGGUAGUGGGCAAGAGUUUGAUUAUGGGCAGUUUUGGUUCUUAUCGAAUCUGAUUUAUUUGCUAUGGCGGCGGACAGGGCCGUUUUAGUUUUUUGAUUGAUUCAGCAUCGGGAUACAAUCCCAUGGGCGCCCCGAUUUGGAGUUCUUUAGAGUCUUACCAUUCUUUGAACAUUCUAUACGCAGGAGGUAGUAUGCAAUUUCGAGAUAUGCUCAUUUGGAGGAUCAAGAACUCAACUUUUGGUAUGAACUCUUUUUACGACACACUGUAUAGCUAGUACCACCAAUAGAUUUCUCUGGAGGCAGUUCUGGAAGAGAAAGGCCCCUGUUGCUAGUCACAGGUCAGCCAGAUUCUAACUUACAGGAAUCUUAGAUUGUUACUUGCCUACGCACGAAAGAACCUUUUGACCAUGUUCAUAUUUACUGUAAGUUUAGCGAGUGCAAUUUGAUAUGUUUUCUUGGAA